AUGGACUUCCUCCGCUCGCACAGCAAGACCAGGAAGGGGAGGUCGCGCUUCUCAAAAGCCCUACCGACCCCGCCGCCGCCGGACCAAGAUCCUCCUCCCAAGUCCAAACAGCUCCCUUCGAUCCCCCCCGUGCCUCCCGUCCCGUCCAAGAAGGCCUUCUUCGCCAUGUCGGACAAGCCGUUACCGUCGCCGCGAUCCGUCAACGACCAGUCCCUCCCGCCGCAGCAGCCGCCUCCGCCGCACGCUCUGCCUCUUCCUCUGCCUCCCCUCGAGACGAAAGCGUUGCCUCCGGUUCACAUCGCUCGCCGGCCGGUAGCGAAACAACCCCCGCCGCCGCCACCGCCGCCCCAAGUAUCGCAACCGCCGUCGACGUCCCCCGACGACGAGAGGAACUCGAUCGGCAGUCUGCUGUCGGCCUACUCGAGGAGCUCGGGCGAAUACAUCAUCAUGUCGCCCGACGGAAGCGCAAGCCAGACAGAUUCGGCCCCGGCAUAUGCCUCAGAUCAUCAGUAUGGUGGAAAGACCUUGACGCCUAGCUCUUUGUCAUCGGGUGAGAACACCAGCAACAGCAGCAACAACAACGAACACAAUGGCGCACCAAACUUCACAGCCAAUAAAGGCCUGCCCCCUCACCCGGCAUACUACACUGAGCAAGGCUCGCCUGCCCCUCCGGCCAAGCUGGAGCGGGCGCCGACUGUCGGUAGCCCAACAAGCUACGUGUCGAGCACAUCGCCGCAACAACAACAGCAACGCCCGUUAUGGAGGAGGCGAUCUGUCAGGUCGGAGCGGAACAUCGAGGUCUCGAAUCUUCAACUGGCAGUCAGCCAUGGGUCGACGGCCGCUUCCCAACCAAACACGGCGCAAACAGCACCACCCUCGGCCGCGUUGCCACCUACUCCGGCCCAGCAGCAGCAGCAGCAGCAACCUCAAAACCAACAACAAUUCCCUCUCCGCAGCACGUCGAACCUGCCUGGCAGAAACGUCCGACCCGUCCCUUCGCAACCCCAGCCAGCCGAGGCGGCCGACACCAUGGGCCAAGAGGCGUCGAGGCUCAAGACCAAGAUCUCGCACCUGCGCGACGGCCACCACCACCAGGGCGCGGCGAACCCGGGCAUCUCCCACAGCGACACGGCCCUCUCGCCAACCCAGCGCCUGCCAACCCCCGACUACGAGAAGGAGGACGUCAAGACGCAGCAGCACGUCGUUGAUAGGAUUCUCGUUUCGCCCGUCUCGCCCGCCUCCUCUCCCGAGCCCGCUGGUGUCCGCGACCAGGCCGGCGCCGAGUCGAAGCCGUCGCUCCCGCGCAAGGCCGUCACGGCCCGCAACUUGCACGCCGCCCACAGCCUGCCCCAGAUGCGCGUUGACGGGCCCGUCACGAGCAGCGAGGCGCCCCCAACGAUCACGAAAGACUUCGCCGUCAGCCCUGUCAGCCCCGGUCCCCAGAGUCAACUGCCUCAUCGCGCCGCCCCCCAGCAGCAGCAGCAGCAGAAGCAACAACAACAGAGAAGCCAAUGGCAGCAGCCGCCCCGCGAGUACACGCCCUAUGCGCCAGCACCCGGCCCCGCGCAGGGUGACCUGCGAUCUCCCACGCGAGACCAGCGCCCCCCUCCACCCUCUGCCCAAGAACCCGUCGAGUACCGCGAGCUCAAGACGGCGAACCUGCCGCCUGCCGACCCGCGCGCGUCCUACUUCCCGACGCAAGGCUCGGAGCCCCCGAGCCCCGGCAUCGUCUACAAGGCGCUGCCGCUCAAGGAGAGCAUGCUCGACUGUUACGUCCGUCACCGCGUCAUGGACCGCACGCGCAACCGCAACUACGCCCUCACCUGCCAGACGUGCGGCCGCGCCGACACGGAGGACCGCUUCAAGUGCCAGUUCUGCUACGUCCGUAUGUGCGCCGCGUGCCUGCACAUCUUCAACGGCCACCGCCGGGAUCUCAGGAAGCUCGUUGCGCACCUCGAGGGUAACCCGCACAGUGGCGGUCAGCCGGGAGGGGCGGCCGCCGGCGCGGGCAACGAACCGGCCGAGGAGCAGCGCCAGCACGUUGCGGAGAAGACAACGGAGAAGCAAUAA